CUACAUGAGACAAAAGGCUUUUAUCUGUGGAUUUGGCAGGAAUCAGCUCACACAGGCUUACCCUAGCUUUAAUGUCGACCCACCAAAAAUACCUCCGCACUCCCCUUUAAGCUUGUCCGCCGUGCCAGUGAGUGUUGUGUCGGGGACGGUCUGCUCCACGGUCUGGUCUGAUCUGGUCCAGCUAACAUUAGCUGACUGACCUGCUUGGCACGAAAGCAGGACGGAUUUCGCGGAUAACAAUGUUUCAUUUUUUGGUCUGAUAACGUUGAAUAAAAACGAAACACCGGAUGGUAACCAGAAAUACAUAAAACUGGAAGUGGGAACCGUCAAUGCAAAGAAAGAGGGUGAGCUCACAGAAGUAACGUUAGCAGAUCCAUGGCAAAGUGGCUGAAGGACUACCUAAACUUCGGCAGCAGGCGUGACCCUCCACAGCCCCCGAGGCCAGAUUACAGUGAGAGUGAGAUUUUGAGGGCUUACAGAGCUCAGAAGGAGCUAGAUUUCGAAGACCCGUACCAACAUUCUGACAAGGACCACCAGAAUGGUGGUUUCAGCUCCUGUAGUGCCACAGUGAGCCUCCCCUCUUUCCCUGCAUUUGGUUCCAUGCUGCCUAAUGGUGUGGAGGUGAAAGUAGUAUCUCCCAAACACAGACUAAUCAAAGUGGAUUCUCAGGAGUUUGGCCGCUGUAAAAUCCCGUUGAGUCCUGUGACUGUUCAAGAAGAACCAGUGGUUCCCUCUGCCCCAGCAGCAUCGGACACUGACACAGACUACUCUGACCCAUUUGAUGCCCGUCCAGACCCAAGAGCCAGACCAAACUGGGAGCCCAAACCUGCACCGACAGACUGCUGCAGCUACAUGGAGCCAUUUGAGGCUCAACGGAUCAUCUCAGAACUGCAGCACAGCGUGAUGACUAACAGGUCCGGGAGUGGAGAUGCCGGCCAGUUAUACGAUAACCCAUAUGAGGAGAGGACUCGCCACCACCACCGACCUGUUCCGGCAGCACAACAGCAAACUCAGAGGGUUGAGGGUGGACUUGGCUUGGUAGACAGCAGGGAGAGCAGGCUCCCACAGGAUGACGAGAGGCCGGCUGAUGAAUACGACCAGCCCUGGGAGUGGAAGAAAGAUAACAUCUCUAAAGCUCUAGCAGUUCAGUUUGAAGGGGCAGAAAGAGAGCGCUCGCGAGCUCAGACAGAACAGACCAGGCUCACCAAGACGGGCACCACAUCUACGACUGCUGACUCGACUACACUCCGUUUGGUUGGUGACACUCCUCCGCUCCUGGGAGAGAGAGUGGAUCCAUCUCUGCCUCUGGAGAGACAAGUAUGGUACCAUGGAGCCCUGAGCCGCUCGGAGGCAGAAACUCUACUGACUCUGUGCAAAGAGAGUUCCUACCUGGUGAGGAACAGCCAGACCUGCCGCAACGACUACUCGCUCUCACUCAGGAGCUGCAAAGGGUUCAUGCAUAUGAAGUUCACUCAGUCUUCAGACGGGUGUUACGUGCUCGGAGAGAACAGCCCCCCCUUCUCCACCAUCCCAGAGGUCAUCCACUACUACACUACACACAAGCUGCCAAUCAGAGGCGCUGAACACAUGUCCCUGCUGUAUCCCGUCAUAGUGCAGACCCUCUGACACUGACAAACAACAAACUCUUUUCUCCUGGUGCUACUGAAUACAACAUAUACUCAACAUUUACCUAUUUCUGCCCUCUGUUUUCCUACAUGCCUUUUUACUGCCAUCCUACCUACACUACUCACAAGAGAUUGGACUGUUUGGUGCCAUUUUUUUCCUUUUCAUUUUGCCAUAACCCCAGUAACUACACUGGCAGCUUAACAACAGAGCUCAGUGCCUCAUGAACCUAUGCCUGUGAACUGGUAAUAUCACUGAAAUCCCUGUAUUUUAAUACCACAGAAAAAUGAAAAAUCAGCAAUCAUUGCUAUUAAGAUUGGUAGCUGAGUACUUUUAGGUAAAAGAGAAAAAGACAGACUCUUGAGAUGUCUCAAGACAGUAGAACUUACAGAAUAUUGCAUGGAGAUUUGUCUCUGUUAGUGCAGAGAUAGACUGUACUGCCACAUGAUUUAAAGGGUGAAAGUGGUGUUUCCUUUUGGCUGAAGCUUGUGCCAAUAAUCCAGAUUUUUCAGCCAAGACAGCCUGGUUAUUUUUAUGUGAAUUUUGUGUUUUAAAGUGACACAGGGUUUAAACAAAAUAACAGGCGAUGCGUGGACAGUUGAAGUAGACAUAGACCGUAGAAAAUGCAGUAAAAUGUGCUGUAACUACAAGCAACACUGUUAUUAUCCUUUAAAUGUUCGUUACAACAUCAACCAAACACUACAUAUUUAACCCUGGCCAUCUGUUGCCUCUGGGUUUCGCAGUGUGUCUCAGAGGCCUGUGAAUGUUAUAUGAUGUUGCAACUGCGUGCCCUGCAGUGUUUUCAGUUCAUCAUGUUAAUGCGUGAAAAACACAAAGUGACAGGAUAAUGUCAAGACAGACAUGACUUGUUAACGUCACACAGUAACACUCCUGCAAUACUAGUUUAGAGAAUAAUAACGACAGUAUUAUAUUGAAAGCUUGUGGCUUUGUGAUCAUGAUUAUUAAAGAAGCUUUGGUAGAUUAUUUACUGUGCUGUUUUAUAAGAUUUUAAAUGUCUGUUGAAAAUAAAGGUGUUGCCUGUUUUUAAAUUG